AGAGACAGAUCUCCAUCCUCAGAGGUAAAACACUGACUAGAAGUAGUCACACUUUACGGAUGUAGAGUUGCAGUAGACUGACAGUGUUAAUCUGUCAUACAGGACUAAAAGUGCAUACACAGUCACACUGCAGCCUCCUGAGCAACAGCAGUCACGUAUCUAGUGAAGCGAAAGCAGCAGCCACUUCCCCACGACCCAACUAUGCUAAACAUCAACAUGCAGCCACUACUCUGUGCUUGCUGGCCUCUUGACCUGGAGGUGUGGGGAGGAAACGGAGCAGAUAUUCAGUCAGAUUUCUCGCUCCACUGAUAAACCUCUUCAAUACGGCACUCCUCUAAGUGCCCUUGGUUGUCCCAUCUCUCCAUGCUUCAUGCAGUUGUGUCCAGCGUACUUUUAGAAGCAUGUGUCAUCUCUUCCUCCUUCCUCUUUCUGAAGUGAGAACAAUCUCAAGGGGUUCAAAUGAUUACCAAAUGAGAAAUCUUUGGCUUUCAGCAUGGAUGUAGGGAAAGAACUUGCAAAAGACAUCUACCAAUAUCUCCCUUAUUCAUAUAACAAGGGUUCCCUCUCAGAUAAAGUAACAAAUAUAUUUUGUGGGUAAGUCAAUUAAUUGUAGCCUUUGACAUUGUCAGCUUUAAAAAGCUCUGCAUCUUUUCCAUCUUUGAGACGCUCAAACGUGCCUUAAAGGCACCCAACCACUCAUAACACACUUGAAGCUCUGUUGGUUGUCAGUUCAAAUGCAAAAACUGUGUGAAACUGCAGUUGCUUGCACCUGUUUAUGUAGCGACACAUGCAAAUGGGAAGGAAGGGGCUGCCAAAAGCACAGCAGUAGGGUUGGUUACUGAUCACUGAUGAAUAUAACAAUUGUGUUUUCUCUUGCACUUGCAGAGUAUUGUCAAGUCGAUGGGUUGUGUUCUCUUGGCACCUCUGGUAAAUGAAGUAGUUAAAAAAGACAAGAGUCUUGAUCACUGCCAGGCUGCCAUCACAUAUUUGACCAGGACUUGCAAACCAGAUGAACUCCUGCAUAGCUUGCUUGAACUAAUUGAAGACAUUGAUCCAGAUGCCAUUUCUGAGACCAUCAUAGCUCUUGUUCCGCAUCUUCUAACAGUGCUGCUGCGGUUGGAUGAGAGAAAAGCAGCUUCUGUGGGUUUGGCUCUGUCUGCCCUGCAGAAGCAGCUGUCCCGGCUGCCUGUGCCUUACACCCAGCAGCAGGAGGAAGCAGAUGAGUACGGUCUAUGUCGCUGCUGCACCGCCUUAGCUGUGCUCACAAAACCCUUCAUAGAGGAAGUGAAGAGGAAAGACGGAAACAGUGUUACUAGCACAGAGGAUGAGGAGCUUAAGACGGAGCUUCUCGAGUUCUGCCUGAGGAGUUUGAGAGAGCCUUUGCUUGAGGCUGAACUGACCCGAGACAGAAAAUCCUCACUGUGGCUCUUUGCAACAGAGAUAAUGGUCACAUUACCUGCAAUCCAAGAGCCUCUUCCAGAGCUCCUGUUCUUCAGCUCACUGAAGAAAAAAACAUCACAGGACAUCAGUCAGUCUAUGGAGUCACGAGCAUGUCUAGCGUAUUUGCUGUUUGUCCAGCUCAUCGCCAUUGACAGAUUCCCAGCAGUAUUCAGCCCUGUGUUUGUUCUUCAGUGCAACAUGGAAUACAUCAAUCAGCUGCUCAGUAGCAAAAAGGAAUCACACUUACUCAAAGGACUGGCACUGUAUAGAAAAAGCUUGGAGAGUGUGCAGGACAACAGCCUUCCAGUGAGUCUACUGGAGCUGAAGAGCUUCUACAAUGUACCGCAGAACCUGCGGCAACUUCUCACUGACUGCCCGAUGCAACAUUUGAGAGAAUCUGGACUACAGGUUUUCCAGCUCUUCAUCAAUAAAUUAGAUGCUGAAGCAAAGCACAAGUUCUUCAGGUGCAUGUUAAAAACCAGCAACCAUUCAGGUGUAGAAGGUUAUAUCAUAAAGAACAUCAGGAAUCAAGUAGAAUUUUCCCUGAAGCCGGGCAAUGCCAAUGAAUGGUUCCUGGGAGUGGAGUUUCUCUCGUUGCUGGGACUGGUGUUAUGUUUGCCACAGGGUGCUGAGACAGAUCUGCUUCACAACAUGGACAGGACAAUGGAGUGUCUGAAUCUUCUGCGCUACCUCCUUAUCAGAGACAAAGAACUGAGGAGCAAUGCAGAUGUGUGGGAAGAGCUGUGCAGGAUCAAAGACAAAUAUCUCAAAAUGCUGCGUGUGUGUAUCAGCAUAUCAAGAGCAUAUUAUUCAGCUGAACUGAAGGCGCUGAUAGAGGAUCAAAAGCUAAAAGCAAAAGAGGCCAGAGCUCCUGCUAGAUCCACAAAAUUAUUCAAGAGCAUAACGGUGAAACGUGAGAAAGUGUCUAAUAUGUCCCCAGAUGUCCAGAAUCAGGUGUUGCAGAGUGCUUUGGUGACAUUCGACCUGAUGGAGAGUCUUAUUGUCCGCAUUGAAGAGAUCACAGAAGAAUAGUUUACGGCAGAA